AUGGGUGGAAAAACCUCCUCCUCGAAGCAUCAGUACGAGGUGAAAGCAAAGAGCGCUGCAAGGGCCUGGGAUGACGCCGAAAGUUCAGGUGCCGCACCCAGCCAUGGACCGCGGCAAGCCGCGGUGGCGCCCAAGCGUAGCCACAAAGUUGGCCCCGAGGAGAGUGGAAACGAGUUGGCUGACAACGAGGUGGAGAAAAGCUUUCGGGCCGAGAUGACCUCUGCGAGGUCUCCGACGGCAGGAACUUCAGGACCAAAGAGGGGCAAGAAACCUGAAUCGCAGGUCGAAAGCCAAAAAUCCGGAAGUGCCAGGCCGACUGGAAGAAGUGGCAGUCAACUGGCCCCUGAAGGGGGCGAAGCUGACUCCCCCACCGGCCCCAAAGCUACUUUACCAGAGGCAUGGACCAGGCGUUUGGCGAAUACAAUGAUUCUUCACACGGUCCAGAAUUCCAUGAUUCUGGCCACAUACCUUCUCGACUUGCUCACAGGUGGAUAUGGUUCCCGAAGUGCUCUUCAUAUCGCCUGCUGGGAGGGCUCUCUUCCAGCUGUGCAGGCGGUGGUGAACGGUUCCAAGGCUGCGAUCCAGCAGUGGCACAAGCGUCGCGGUGACUUGAUGCCUUUGCACAUCGCGGCCAUUUGCAGCCAUGCGGAGGUCACCGAGCUGCUGUUGGGCUACGACGUGGAUCCAAACAUCAACACGGUUCAUCAGCUUCGCUCGCUUCAUAUCGCUGCCACCUCUUCGAGUGAAGUUUGCGAAGUUCUUUUGGCAAACAAAGCAGAUUUCAUGGCAUGCAGUGCCGACAAGGAUACCCCCUUGCACUUCGCCAACUGCUUCCAGCAGAUCGACACUGUGGAACUACUCCUGAAAGCGCGUGCUGAUGCGGCAGCUGCUAACAAUUUCGGAGUGGUGCCUUUGCACGUUGCAGUGGCCUAUGCUGGAUUGGAGCGCAUGGAAUUGAAGGAGGCGCGCGCUGCAUUGUUGCUCUGCGCCCAUGGAGCCCGCUUGGAUGACAGGGACCACCAUGGCCAUACUCCUGCAGCUGUAGCGCGGAUGGCAGGCGCCCGUCCAUCGUUGAUCGAAUUCUUGGAAUCCGAUGGCGAGGAAUGUCAAGAGAAGGCCCAGAGCAUUUUGGACAUGGUGGAAGAGGACUGGGAAGGGGAAGAAGAGAGCCUCACGGCGAUCCUCUCCACGCAGACCAAGGCUCAAAGCAGCGGGUCCAAGACACCAGGACGGUGGUUUGGCUGCGGCUUCUUUCGGCUGGCGGCUGACAUGGCCUGGCACCGAGCUUCUCAGAUCGAGUGCGUGCGAGUAGCGUCUGGAGGUUCUGACGUCAAGUUGGCCCAGGCACUGAAAAAGGGUCGAAAGGAAAAUGCUCACUUGGCGCAAGAGAACCUGCGGCUUCAAAAAGAAGUGGAAGAGCCACGACCUCAACUGGCGCUGUCGAAACAAAGGUCACAUGGCAACUUGCGACACGUCCAAGGUCUGUUGGAUCAAAGCAGAUCCACCUUGGACAGGAUGAAGAGUGCUCGACUGAGUGUGACCGAAGCACCAGGUGCCGAGGCAUUUCAAGCCGUGCGCGAAGACAUGGAAAAGGAGAUGGAGGAAUUGAGGCAGAGGCAGCAUGUCCUUGGUCGUGAACGAGAGAACUGGCUUCAGGAGAAGGAGUCCUUGCACCAGCAACUUAAUGAGACCAUCCAGAAGCUGGAGGCUGCAGAGGCUACGGUGAAACGCCUGAACGAAAAGUGUCAAGCGCUGGAGGCUGCGAAGCCCAAGGAGAUAUCAAGACCUUCAUCGGCCAUCCAACGCCAGGCAGCAGAGUUGACACAGAAGUCAGACGAGCUGACGCAGAAGACGGCUGCCCUGUCGGCCAAAGACCAGGCUCUCAGUGAGAAGGCAGCAGAGUUGACACAGAAGUCAGACGAGCUGACGCAGAAGACGGCUGCCCUGUCGGCCAAAGACCAGGCUCUCAGUGAGAAGGAUGCUGAGCUGCAGGAGAAGAGGCAAGCGGAACAACAGGCCAUCGAGGCCUUGGAGGCCAAAGAUGCUCAACUGGACCGUUUGACCUCUGAACUGCAAGCAAUGCAAGCAGAAAAGGAUCGCUGCAAUCAGCAGUUGGAGGAGGAAGCCACCAGACUCUCAGAGAAGGAGGCCGCCUUGGACAGCUUGAAGAAGGAACUCCAGCGAUUGAAGGAGGAGUCUACUCGGCAGGUUGCCGAAAAAGAGGAGACGUGGAAGAGUCUCAGCGAGUUGCGUGCACAGCACAAGGAGCUGCGCGACCAGCAGGGCAAAACCUCUUCGGAGUUGAGCACUCUGCAACUUCAACUCCAAGAACGGGAGGUUGAGGUCGAUGGCCAGCUGAAGGAGAAGGACCUCACGAUUCAGAAGCUGGAAGAGGAUUCUGCACAACUCAGUGCUCAGGUGACAGAGCUGGAGGGGGUCAGGGAACGUGCCGCCCAAGCGGAGAAGAUGCUUGAGCCCUGGAAGAAGCGCACGGAAGAGGUUCAGGAAGCCUUCCAGAAGGAGCAAGCUCUGCGGAAACGGUACCACAACCAAAUGCAGGACAUGAAAGGAGCCAUUCGUGUCUUCGCACGCAUCCGCCCCAAAGUGCAAAGGGAAGCAGAUCAGGAGGUUGCGGUCUGGCGGCGCGAUGCGUUUUCCUUGGAAAGCGCGGCCAAGGAUAAAAAGUCGCCACCGAAGGACUACAACUUCGACUCCGUCUUCGAUGAGCACAACUCGCAAGAAGACGUCUUCGCAGAUUGCCGGGGGCUGAUCGCUUCGGCGGUGGAUGGCUUCAACGUCACAGUGUGGGGUGCCAAGCACCGGGACCGUCACGCAGAUGUCAUGGUCGUGGGAACGAAGGGGCGUCAUCGCACGGGGCAUGCCAUGGCCAAGCGUGGUAUGCAGUGGCCACGUGGGGAUCUUGAUUCAGAGCCUUCGGAGAGACUACAGCAGCUACUGGCCCCCAAGAUUUAUAGCUUGGCCAAGGACACCCGGAAGACACUGAGGUAUCUCCGUGAGAUCUCCGACUGGCCAUCAAGGCUCCAGUUGCAGGUCUUCCACCAGUUACAAGCCGCCAAUGUGGAAGUGAACACCUUCCACUACAAUGCAUUGAUGAAUUCAUUGACGAAGCUGGGGCAGUGGCCUUUGGCCUUGGCGCAAUUUUCAUCCAUGAGACAGCGCAGCCUCCAAGUGGAUUUGCCAAGUUUCAAUACCCUGGCGAUGCCAUGUGACUGGAGAUGUUCCCUAUGGAUCCGACAUUGCGCACUACACUACUCUUUCACCCAGAACUUGAUCGGAGCUGUUGCUUCGAUCAGCAACUGCGCAGAAAUUGGCUUAUGGCAAAGGUCCUUGGAGAUCUUUCAGACACUGGUGAAACGGAGCCUUGAGAUGGAUGAGAAGCCACAGAGUGCCUUGAUCAAUGCAUGCGAGAAGGCAUCGAAUUGGUUAGGAGCCUUUGGAUGUUUGGAAUGGAUGCCGCGAAGCACAGCACGGCCAAACCGCAUCAGCUUCAACUCCCUUUCCAGCGCCUCUGGAGGCCGCUGGUGGAGAAGCCUCUGGGCUUUUUCAGCCACGGAGGAACCGAACAGAAUUAGCUGCAAUGCUUUGUUGAGCUGCUGCGAGAAGGGAGCGCAGUGGUGUCAAGCGCUGGGUCGUUUGGAUUGCUUUGGGUACCGUGCAGCCCCAGAUGUGGUGAGUUUCAACUGCGGCAUCAGCGCCUGUGGCCAGGCCGGCCGCUGGGAGUAUUCCUUGGAUCUUCUUCAACAACUUGGAGGCAGCCAAGAUGAGAUCAGCUCUACGGCUGCCAUCAGUGGAUGUGACCAGAAAGGGAAAUGGCUAGCCGUACUUCAAAUUCUUGAAUCGAUGAGCCUGGCCCUCUCGUCACCAAAUCAGAUUUGUCUCAAUGCCGCGAUCAGCGGAUUUGAGAGCGGAAGCCAGUGGCAACGCGCCAUCCAUGGACUGAUGCAGCUGAUGGACUCAUCGGCUGCAGAUGAGCAAAGUUUUGCGAGCGGAAUUCGUGCGUGCGCACGUGUGAGCCAGUCCCACUGGAGCCUUCGUUUGUUGAGUUGGAUGGAUUCUCAGGGAUUUCCCAUCAACGAGAUUUGUCGAAGCCAGAGCAUCGAGAGCAUCGAGUCAUGUCAGAACGGCGAAGCAGUGAAGGAUGCAGUGGAGCAAAUGGAAGUGCUGCAUGUCUCCUCAUUGCGUCGCAUCACGGAAUGUCUGAAAAAGCUGACUGUGGGGCUUGUGGGGAAAUUGGGACUAUGGCCAUGCCUGGCCUGGUACCUCGAGCAGCAGAGGUUGUAUCGUGACGACCUGGUCGAUCUUCUCUUUACCAAAGCAAAGGGGAAGGUGGCACCAGUGCUGGACAUCAAGAAGGAUCCCCGCGGGACCGUGAAGGUGGACAAUGCUGUGGAGAUUGAGGUGGGAAGUCCCCAAGAUCUGCAGAAAGCCAUUCUGAUGGGCAUGGAGCGGCGACAUGUUGCCGCUACGAAGAUGAAUGCGGACUCAUCCAGGUCUCACUUGAUAUUCAUUGUGACCAUUGAGUGUACCAACAAAAAGUCCAAGCAGGUCUCAAGUGGCAAGCUCACCUUGUGCGAUUUGGCAGGCUCUGAACGGCUGAAGAAGAGCGAAGUCACGGGCGAGCAGAUGAAGGAGGCCCAGUCCAUCAACAAAUCCUUGACGGCCUUGGGCGAUGUCAUCGAGGCCUUGACCAAAGGGCAAAAGCAUGUGCCAUACCGAAAUCAUCGCCUGACGCAAUUGCUGAGCGAUUCCUUGGGUGGCAAUGCCAAGACCUUGAUGUUUGUGAACUGCUCUCCCGCUUCGGGCAAUUUGGACGAGACGUCCGCUGCGUUGGCCUAUGCAGUGAGAGCAAAGAACAUCGUCAACAAGGUGGAGAAGAAUUCCGAUAGCCAAGAGGUGGCCAGGCUAAAGAAGGUGAUCCAAAUGCUGAGUACUGAGCUGGAGCAGGCACGAAAGAGUGGAGAAGCACUUCCUGAGCUUGGCGAGAAAGAAGUACCCGAGCCGGGUGAU